AUGUAAAGAUCUGGCCCGGGUUUGUCCAAUGAUCAACCCCGGCCCGCCGAGCAUGCCGGACAAUGGGGAGGAGGCGCAGUGCACCGUGUGCUGCUGCACGACGGCGAACAAAAUCCUUUUGGUGGUCUUCCUGGUGCUGCUGAUCCUGGCCAUCCUCUUCGGCAACCUCCUGACCCUGGCGGUAAUCUUGGGCACCAAGCACUUCCGCACGCCGCAGGGCUACCUGAAAGCCUCGCUGGCCGCGGCCGACCUUGCGGUGGGUGCCUUCGUGGUGCCGCUGUCCGUCUAUGCCGAAGUCUACCUCAUGGCCGGCGAGUCUGCGCCGCGGUGGGUAGUUCACAACUCGCAGUCGGUGAGUUUCCACCCUUGUACCGUCAUCGGGCCCAUCUUUGCGGGGUGCACCCUGGUUUCCAUCACCACCAUCUUCCUGAUGACGAUAGAGCGUAGCAUCGCCGUGCUGAGGCCACUUCAUAAGGACUCGGUGAUCACGCGCAAACGGACCAGCAUCCUCAUCGUGCUCUCUUGGCUGGGGAGCUUCUUCCUAGCGGUGUCGCCCUUGGUGUUCAGUCGAAAGAUUGUCCUGGAGUACAACACCUGCAGCCGCAUGUGCAACUAUGCGCUGGGAACAAUCGGCGAGUUCCCUUCGCAGGCCUGGAACAUCCUCCUGAUCUUCCCGGCCUUCGACUUCACCCUGCUGGGCGGCACGGUGGCCAUCAACAUCAUCUCAUUGUCCAGCAUUCGGCAGCACUCCAAGCGCAGGAAGCACCUGGCGGAGGCCGAAUGCCAGAAAGCAAGCAAGCCCACCUUCUCCGACAUCAAAGCGGCCAAGACCAUCGGGACACUGACGGUGGCCUUUACCGCCUCCUUCACACCCAUCGCGGUCUUCUUGGUGGGGUACGUUCUGGGCAACGAGUGGUGCAACUUCUCUUUCUUUGCCUUCUGGAUUUUGACCACCAAUAGCUGCUGCAACGUAAUCAUUUACAGCGUGCGUGAUCACAAGUUCAGGCUGUGCGCGCAGAAGUUGCUGCUGAGAAACAGUAACGAGAGCUGUAGACAGACUUGAGUUUUUUUUCUUUUCUUUCCUACUUGUCUGUCAUGUGGCCUGCUUAAUGUGACGUCUCGAAACACACAAAAGUGCGGUUUUUCAUGUGGUGGCUUUGAGCGGUUUGUUGGAUGUUCGGCAAAUAUGAUGAUGGUUGGGUUUAGCUUUUCUUUGACCUAACCUAACCCUAUUCCGGAUCCAGGACUUAACUCCCCGUACCUCAACGAAAUAACUUUUACCUAACCCCUUAUCCUUCUCCCUUCCUAAUGCCAACGCAAGCUAGCAUCCCCAUUUCUUGCUAACCCUAACCGGUAUCCUGCUGACUACGCUAAAAUUGUUGUUGCUAUUCAAAUUUAGCAUCUUUCUCUGCUCGUAGCCUCCUUAGCUAACACACUUUACCCAACUCAAUUCCCGGCGAAUCGACCUUUGACGCUAACCUGUAACGCUGUUCCUUCCGAAUGCUAACUGACUCUUAACCCUUCUUCAGAACAACAGUGCUCAAUACUUCCUUCGUUUGCUGUCAGUUAUUUUGGGGGAAAGCUUUAAUUUGCCGAAUGUUCAUUUUCAUAUGAGCAUGAAAUGAGCCUUUAUGGGGGUGGGAGGGAGCCUUGUCUUGUUCUCUGUUGAAGCUGUGCUGAAAGUCUGUGAAAAGGGUCUUUAUCUGAGCUCAAUAAAAAGUGUC